AUGACUACGGAAAAAGAUGUUAAUGUCAUCGAAAGUCAACGAAACAAAACAACGGAGAAGGUUGAAUAUGAUGAUUUGCUAUCAUCAGCAGGUGAACUAGGGCUUUACCAAUGGACAUUAUUUUUUUCUACAUACCCCUACUUCGCUUUUGGAGUGUUUGUAUAUUUCUCUCAAAUAUUCAUGACUGAAGUAUCACCAAACCACUGGUGCUGGAUACCGGAAUUGGAAAAUAUGACUGACAUUCAACGCCGAGACCUUGGUGUACCUAAAGAUGAAAAUUCAAGGUUUGGAUACUCACAAUGUGAAAUGUAUAAAGUAAAUUGGACUGAAGUGUUACUGACAGAACAGAGGCCUGAUCAUACGUGGAGCACAGUACCAUGUCAGCAUGGAUGGGAGUUUAAUAAGUCUGAAAUACCGUAUCCUACUAUAGGUAUGGAUCAUGAAUGGGUUUGCCAAAAAAAUAGUUAUCAAGCGACGGCUCAAUCUAUAUUCUUUGUUGGCUCUAUUUUUGGAGGAAUCGUAACUGGAUGGAUCGGUGAUCAUUAUGGAAGAAUACCGGCUAUUACAAGUUGCUGUCUUUUAGGCUGUAUAGGCGGUCUUAUCAGUACCUUUGCUCGAAACUUUUAUGAAUUUACUUUGGCAAGAUUCGUGAUGGGUAUGUCAUAUGAUUCUUGUAUGAUUAUGGCAUAUCUUCUUAUUUUAGAGUAUAUUGGACCAAAAUAUAGAACACUUUUGGCAAAUAUGACAACUGCCAUAUUUUACUCUCUGACAGUAACCGCAUUUCCUUGGAUUGCUCUGGUUUGUGGUCACUGGAAAACUAUCUCUCUAGUCACUAGUCUACCUUUAAGUAUUGCAGUACUAACAAAAUUCAUUUUACCAGAGAGCCCUAGGUGGUUAUUAUCUAAGGGAAGAGUAGAUGAGGCUAUUGAAAAACUACUCGUUAUUGGUCGGAUUAAUAAGAAAGAAGUGCCGAAUAAAAUCAUACUUCAAUUUAAAUUAUCAAGUAGAAAUAUCAAAGAAGAAGGAAAUCAAAAUUUCCUGGAAAUUUUUAGAAGACCAUUACUAAGAAAAAUGUAUACCUUAAUUUGCUUGGAGUUCAUGUGUUGCGUUAUAGUAUUCGAUGGACUAGUGAGAAGUAUUGGGCAAUUGGAAUUAAAUUUUUUCGUGUCCUUCUCAUUGAUAUCAUUUACUGAACUGCCUUCUGUAUUUAUAGUGGCAUUUAUUAUGGACUAUAUUGGAAGGAGAUGGCUGUGUAUAGUGUUCAUGGGUAUAUGCUGUGUAUUUUGUAUUUUAAUUGUAUUAACUAGUGGUUUACAAACUGUGAUCUGUGCUGUAAUAGCAAGGUUUGCAGUAAACAUGGGACUUAGUGCAGCUACGCAGUGGGCACCAGAGAUUCUUCCUACAUCAGUGAGGGGUUCAGGCGUAUCUUUAGUACACAUUUUUGGAUAUAUUGCAUCGUUUUUAACGCCAUAUAUCGUCUAUUUGAAUGUAUAUAUUUAUUGGCUUCCUUUAGCUGUACUCGCCGCAACAGCUGGACUUGGAAUGCUGAUUGCUUUCGUUUUACCAGAGACUGCCAUGAGAGGUAUGCCUCAUACGUUUGAAGAUGCUGAAAAGCUGACAAAAAACCAAUGUUUAUGGACUUUUCCAAUUUCAGAAGCGAGGAAAGUAAAGAAAUCACACGUGAGACAAUCAAAUAAAUGUUUUGAACUUGAAGCUGACCGAAGUAUAUCAACUUAUCUAUGA